AUGUACGCGUUCAGCGCCGUCAUUCUCCUGCUUGCAUUCGCCAUCGUGCUGUGGCGAGCUCUAGCGUACUUGCACAUUAUCCUUAGUCGGCGUGCGGAGCAUGCUCGUCCCACUCAGCGUCACCGCGCAGCCUUCAGUACUGAAAUCCUGGGGGAAAAGACAGAGCAUUACAGUCAUGGCGGCAGGAGACCAAGCUGUUCUGAUGGAAACCUCCAACAGUGUCUCGAGACCCGUGGUCGAGAGUUUCACCCCAGCAGCGUGCCUACUACCAGCCCCAGGACCGGUCUCUAUGACGAGAUAGCAGACUUCUCCAGCAAGAUGGUUGAGGACCUCGAUGUCUACCGCCGACAGCGUGGCACCCGCACACCUGUGCGAGACAUCAUAUCUCCGUGCGUUCCAAGACAUGACCGUGGUCAUAAUGAGGCUGGAAGUCCUCAGCAAGGUCACCAAGGUCCCUUAUCGUCGGCUCGUACCUCAAUCCAAACCCCACGGCGUCGCUCGCUCUUCACUGAGAUGAUCGGUCUGGAUGAUGACUCGUACUCAAACGAGCACAGACUCGCCACGGGCAAUCCCACAUCGCUUCAUCAACGCCGUAGGAGCUCGCACGUACGUGCUGAAGCCAACUGCACUGCCACCUCCAAUCCUCUCGAAUACAGCCGCACGAACGGACAGGUUGUCGCGAUCGGUGCUCCCUCCACCGCCAUCUCAAGCAGCGUCUCAAGACAGCUUCAAGGCAGUGGAGGUGACAGACACGCAACUGGUGUUCCCAGCAUGGCACGGCCCACCUCCAGCAACGUCGACAUCGAAGCAGACUAUGUCUCUGUCAACGAUUACUACACCCGUCUCACGCCCUCUUCUUCCUCUUCACCCUCCUUCAACGCCUAUGGUCCCGGCGACCUGCGCGUCCCUACGCCUUCUUCACCCAUACAAUCUCCUACGACGAAUCCCCGCUCCGACGCGCACGCCAGCGGCGACGCCGCGUUCAUCGAAUUCAGGCAGGGUGUGCGAGUGCUUGGGAGAAGAUGGGUCCAGAGGAGGGCAAUUGACGGCCACGCGACGCCGUACGAUGGGACAUGGGAGAUCGAUGCGGGUGGGGGAGCCGAGGCUCGUGGGACGGGACACGGCGGAAAUCGCGCUCUGGGGUGCGAGACGUGGGUCGGAGGAGGCGAAUGA